UCAGAGGUGGUGCCACGGCUACCCGGUGAGCUUCGGAGUCCGGCUGCCGCAGAGCCUUCGGAAGAUUUUGGGAUUUCCAGAAGAAAAGAUCAAGGGGGAAUUAUCAAGAAUAGAUUCUUUUUCUGAAUAGUUAAACCUCAAAUGACCACAGCCUUGGCCCUUCAGACUCCAGAGAUGCAGGAGGGACUUAUAGCAGUGAAAGUAAAAGAGGAAGAGGGAGACCAUGCCUAUGGGCAAGAAUCUGGCCUGUCAAGAGAUAACCCUCACACCAGAGAGAUCUUUCGUAGACGCUUCAGGCAAUUCUGCUACCAGGAGACACCUGGGCCCCGAGAGGCUCUUCGAAGACUCCGGGAACUCUGCCAUCAGUGGCUGAGACCAGAGAUGCACACCAAGGAGCAGAUCCUGGAGCUGCUGGUGCUGGAGCAGUUCCUGACCAUCCUGCCCGAGGAGCUCCAGGCCUGGGUGAGAGAGCACCGCCCAGUGAGUGGAGAGGAGGCGGUAACUGUGCUGGAGGAUUUGGAGAGAGAGCUGGAUGAACCAGGAGAGCAGGUCCCAGCCCAUGAUCAUGAACAGGAAGAGCUUGUGAAGGAGAAAGCAACUCUAGGAGCAGCCCAGGAGUCGUCAGGUGGCCAGCUCCAAACCUUGGAAGAGCAGCCUCAGUGGAACUUGCGAGGCGUGUGCCCGGUUCAGGAGAUUGAUGAUGAGGCUGGGACUUGGAAUGUGGAGUUAGCCCCAAAGAGGGAUCUGUCUAAAGAAACGAAAUCUCGUGUGGAAGUACCUGAAACACUGAAUGGUGAUAUUAUUCCAGUGCCUGAGUGUGGAGAGACCUGUGACCACGAAGGCAGAUGGGAAAGGCAACGGGUAAGCUCUUCGGUGGAGAGACCCUAUAUCUGUGGUGAAUGUGGGAAAAGCUUCACCCAGAAUUCCAUCCUCAUCGAGCACCAGAGAACGCACACGGGCGAGAAGCCCUAUGAGUGUGAUGAAUGUGGGCGGGCCUUCAGCCAGCGGUCAGGCCUCUUCCAGCACCAGAGACUCCACACUGGGGAGAAGCGCUACCAGUGCAGCGUUUGUGGUAAAGCCUUCAGCCAGAACGCUGGGCUUUUCCAUCACCUCAGGAUCCACACGGGGGAAAAACCUUACCAGUGCAGUCAGUGCAGUAAGAGCUUUAGUCGACGUUCUGUCCUCAUUAAGCAUCAGAGAAUUCACACUGGAGAAAGACCUUAUGAAUGUGAGGAAUGUGGCAAGAACUUCAGUUACCACUGCAACCUUGUCCAGCAUCGGAAAGUCCACCCUGUGGCUGAAUCCAGCUAGCUCCUUGGAACAGGUGGAUGUUGAUUAUUGCUUCUGAACCUGGAAGUUAACUGACAGUUGGUACCUGAAGAGACUGCAGGAGAGGGACCCUGAAGGCUGGGACGUCAGAGGACCGGGUCCUAAGGGAACCUAGGGUUUCGAGAAUCCGGUGAGAGUGGCCAGGUGUCCUCAGUGGAGUAGAAAGAUAUUAGCCCAGACUGAGUGGCUGCUGGACCCCAGAGGUUACGAGCCCUCGUCGAUUUUCCUGCCUGAGCCAUUAGGAGGAAGCCAAGCACGCGAAGGCGUGCCAGGUUGCCAGAUCAACCACUGAGAUGACGGGUCCUCCAAGUUUCCUAGAGAGGCAGCUGAGGAGCCGG